AUGGAAAACAACCAAUUUGCGUACAUCUUAAGGAGCCAAAUUCAAGACAUCUUCGCAGAGUGUAGUGUUUCCAACGAAAAGGGGAGGUUACAAAAUGGUGACUCUUCUGUGGGUGUCCCCACGCGGGAGGAUGCUCCACACAAACAGAUGAACUUCCCCAAGGGGAAGAACAAAAUAGAGAAGGAUGGUUCGAAUCGACAUGAGAACACAGGAUGGAGCGGUAGAAGACGGGAGAGCAAUCUGAAGAGGGAGGAAGAGUCCAUUUUUGGACAUGAUGGGAAAACCCUAAUGGUGCAAAGCUAUACAUCUCUACUAUAUGAACACUGUGAAGACAAAGUAAACGUGGUGUUAGCGAACAGAACGAUGAGUGAGGGAAGGAUAGAAAUGCAGAUAAGCGGAGAAGGGGAAAGCUUUAUCCUGCCCUGCACAUUGGCUGGAAAUAUAUUAAGCUCGUUUUCACCCCAACUUGAGAAGGGAGUUUACAAUUUAUUUUUUUUUAUCAACAAAGAAAGGAUGUACUCGAAAUUGUUGUCCUGUGGAGUAGAGAAGCUAAGCAAAGACAUGCCAUGUCUCCCUCUGCACGUGAUCGAAAUAAGCAAUUUUGGUCAUGUGGCUUAUUGUAGAGGGAUAAACAAACUACCUCCCUACAACAUCCGUGUAAACAACCACGUGCACACAAAUAAGGGGCUCCUAAAAUUGCAUGACCUUAUGUACAAGCAGUAUAGUCAGAUGGCUAAUCGGGAAGGAACUCGCGAUGGAAUGGUAUCCCUGGGGACGGACUAUCAACUCCACACCAACAGCGAUCGCCAUUUUUAUGAUUUCCUUUCCGCGUACAAGGAGGCAUACAUCAACCAUCAUCCAUACGUAAAUGGGAAGAAGGACAAAAACAAAAAGCUGUACAAAAAUAACAUCAAUUUUCUUUCUGCGUUAAUUUCUGAUAACCAUUUGGAGCAACGUAGAAUCCCCACGUUGUACAAAAAAUUAUUAUAUGACCACUGCUCCUAUCGAGAUAAAGUAGCUAUUAUGCGUUACCACUCGCAUCUUCCUCAGGGGGGCUACUCCUCCGGGGGUCUCCUCUCUGCGCAUGUCUUUGCCAUGGAUCAGUUGGGGGGCACGUACUCCGUUUUCGCCUUCGACUUGGCAAUGGCAGGGGUGGAGAAGGGUGCACACAGGGGAGCGCGCAAGGCGGUACAAGGAGCCAUUUCUAAAGGAACUCCCCCUGCCUGGACGAGGGACCCACCGGUGAGCUCGCUCCUCCGGUUCAGUUGCGACCAAGAUGGCUGCGCAGAUAUGCGUCAGUGGAGCUACGUGGAGACCAUCCACUGUCGAAAGAAUGACGUGGCAAGGAAAUUCUACUUGUCCAAGGGGGGGAAGUGGGGAGCGAACGUGGAGUGUCCCCUGCAGUGCCCCCUUCAGUGCCCCGCUGAAUGCCCCGUGCCCGUCGAACUAAUCAACAACAAGAAUGCCUUCAAAAAGUACUCCCCGGGAAUCCGCCUUUCGGAUCGCAUCAGCCUAUUCUUCGAAGCCUGGGAUUGCGACAUAUUACCAGUUGGGCCGUUCCUACCGUCCACGGAUUGCAACAUGCACUAUGAAAAG